AUGGAUCUCGCUCGGAAGCUGUAUCCUGAUGAAGACCACCUCUUCGUCCUGGACAAUGCCUCGACACAUCUCAAGCGAGCAGACGAUGCGAUCUCGGCACGGAGGAUGCCCAAGGGCCCGAGCCCUGCACGAGCGGGCAACGAGAGGUUCGGUGUCGAUGUCAAGGUCAAUGAUCAAAACGGCAACCUUGUAUAUGGCCCGAACGGAAAGCCGCUGAAGCAGUGCAUGAAGAUGAGUGACGUGAUGUUCCAAGAUGGGACAUCGCAGAGCCUAUACUAUCCCGACGUCUAUCCUCAGCACCCCGAUCUCGCAGGGAAGUUCAAGGGCAUGGCCCAGAUUCUUAUCGAGCGCUAUCCAGGCAAGGAAGCUUCGAUCCGGAAGCUCAAGGCCCAGUGUGAGGGCUUCAAGUGCACGAAGGGGCACAGUGAUUGCUGCUGUCGCCGGAUGUUGUUCUCCGAGAAAGACUUUGUGUUGAGCAGACUUGGUCACACGUAG